CCUUCCAAUUCUAUCCUCCAUGUCUCUGGGAAUCUUUCUUCUCGUUUGGAGCUACUUCCAAUGGGUAAAACUCGGAGAUAACCCAUCAACCAAGGCGAGUGUCUCUGUGCCCUCUUCUACUGCGAAGCUGUACAUUGUGGAUCUUGGAGAAAGACAAUACGAAGAUCCACAGCUUGUGACUGCUUCCCACCAUGAUAUGCUGUCUUCCGUACUGGGGAGCAAGGAAAAGGCUCGCGAUUCAAUUGUUUACAGCUACAAACAUUGCUUCUCGGGCUUUGCGGCCACACUCACGCCAUCUCAAGCACACCAAAUUUCAGAAUUGGCGGAGGUGAUUAGUGUCAGUCCAAGCCGCACUUUUCCUCUGCAUACCACACGAAGCUGGGACUACCUCGGCCUACGGUCUGGCCAUCAGCAACCCACAGGACUACUUGAGAAAGGCAAGGAAGGCGAUGGCAUCAUCAUCGGAGUUGUCGACACAGGCAUCUGGCCGGAAUCGAGAAGCUUCAACGACGACGGUUAUGGCCCCGUCCCAUCCCGUUGGAAAGGAAAGUGUGAAGCAGGUCAAAACUUCACCGUCAACCACUGCAACCGCAAGAUCAUCGGUGCAAGAUACUACAGUAAAGACGUCGACCCGUCUGAGGUCGCGCGAGACUACGACUCCCCCCGUGACGCCAAUGGCCAUGGAACACACACCGCUUCCACCGCAGCAGGUUCUCUGGUAAGCGAUGUAAACUUCCACGGUCUCGGUGCCGGUACAGCAAGAGGAGGCGCUCCUCGUGCGCGGCUAGCAAUCUACAAGGUGUGCUGGGGAUCAGGAAUAUGCGGGGAAGCCGACGUACUACAAGCCAUAGAUGACGCGGUGGAUAACGGGGUGGACAUCUUGUCACUGUCGAUCGGUGGGUACGGUCAUUUUCCGGCGUCACUAGGCGCGGUAAGGAAGGGGAUAACGGUGGUCUUCUCUGGGGGCAACGAUGGCCCGGUUCCUCAAACAAUCAACAACGCGGUGCCAUGGGUCAUCACGGUGGCUGCCAGCACUAUCGAUCGCUCAUUUCCGACCGACAUAAUCCUUGGAAACGGACGAACUCUGGUGAAGGGACAAUCAAUGUGCUACGCGUCCAGUGAUCCAGGAUACAAAGAACUUGUACCUUUUGGCAGUUGCUCAGUGGUGCCUCAAUAUCUCUCGCAAUUAGCAGACAAGAUUGUGCUAUGCUUUGAUCGUGCAUUUGCUGCCGCCGUCGAUGCUGCCGGUGAGACCUCCCAGUUGCUAGCGAGAUUGUCGCAAGCCGGAGCAAGGGGAGCUAUUAUUGCACGAUUCCCGCGCAGCAUCCUCCCAGACUGCAGCGGCAUUGCAUGCGUCCUCGUGGAUUAUGAUGUAGGCGGACAGAUAGCCAACUAUGCCAACGUGGAAACUGCAAGUGGGAGAAUCCCCGUGGCGCAUGUGAGCCCUGCAUCCAACAUCGUCGGGAGCCAAGUGAUGUCGCCGAGGGUGGCAGCUUUCUCCGCAAGAGGGCCGCAUACAAGCUAUCCGGACUUAGUGAAGCCUGACAUCACAGCUCCGGGAGUCAAUAUCUUGGCGGCAGUGAGAGAUUGGUAUCAAUUUAUGUCAGGAACUUCAAUGGCUUGUCCUCAUGUAUCUGGAAUUGCAGCUCUUCUCAAAGUAGUGCAUCCCGAUUGGUCUCCAGCUGCCAUCAAAUCAGCACUUGUCACCACCUCAUAUACAACCGACGAACGCGGCUUCCCAGUAGAAGCGGAAGCGAUUCCUCGGAAGCUGGCCGAUGCUUUCGACUAUGGCGGAGGUCACAUCGAUCCUAAUAAAGCCGCAGAUCCUGGACUUGUUUAUGAUAUCCAUCCGGAUGAUUACUGCAACUACUUCCCGUGCACAAACCGUGCCUUGAGUCUGCCCUCGGACGACGUUCCCGGCCUCGGGACAUCCGGAGUGGAUAACAAACGUAUGUAUGACUUGAACCUGCCCUCCGUCUCCAUUCCGAAGGAGAUAUAGAUAUUAAACGAAGAAUAUAGAAAGAUAGAAAUUGUAGAAGAAACUAUGAAAUGUAUAAGAUAUAAUUGCCUAAUACAUUUUGAUAGUGAGCUCUUGAUAACCAUUUAUACAGGAGGUUAUACACAUUCAUCAUGGAGGAUUUUUCUCAACUGCUGAGAGAUUUCCUCAACUGUCUUGAGGAAA